AUGCUACGAGAGCGUAAGCAUUCGGAGGAUGCUCAAGCCGGCACACAUCUCAUCGAGCUGACAAGCAAAGCGCCAGAAGCAAGCCGUGACUGCCUGCUCGCGCGCGCAUUAAUAGACGACUUGGCGCCGCAGCUCUCCGAAACAGAUGACCCCUCUUUGGAGCCCGUGGCUGCCAUAGCAACUGCCGCCGCCAGCAAAGGGCCCCCUCCUGAUGUCAUACCAAACCAGCCCGCCGCCAGGCCAGCCAUAUUUGCGGGCGACAUAGCCCCUAAGUGCAGCUACGCAGCGCUGCCACCAGCCUCUGCUGCGUCCCCCGGCGGCGGUGGUGGCGAUUUCCAGGGCCUGCAGGGUCCGCGAUGCCAAGAUCCAGAGGUUGCCAGGUUGGCUGUGGGGCCCCUACUGGCCACCCGUGUGCCGGAAGAUUCGUAUGGUGGCGUGCCGGCGGAGCAGCACGGCGUGGAUGUACGGGAACUGGUAGCAGCAGUGACGGCCCUAGAGCCACGGAACGGGGCAGCGGGGACCGUCAGCAGCUGA